CCGCGGAGCUCCGGCUGCCGUGAGAGCGUCGGCCCGGCCCCGGCAGCCGGUCGGAAGACUUGUUGCUGCUGCGCUGCCGCCGCCACCGCGGGGAAGCCGGCCGCUACCGGGGCUCGGCGCGGUCGGGGAGCCAGAAGGUGGCCCGUGUGAGUGUGAGCGCGCGCGCGCCCCGGAGCCUCGCGGUGCGCGGGUACUGUGCGCCUCCUCGCCUUUUGGGGGGUAAAGUGGGGGUGUGUCCCGGGCGCAGAGCGUCGGAGUGUCCAGUCCUAGCGGGGGAGCUUGUGUGUGCUAGCCCCUGCUCCACCCCCGCCGCCUCCGGCCCUUCGCUGGGGUUCUCGGCUCUCCUUCCCCCCUCCUGCCUCCCUCCCUGGGCUGCCUGCCCAAGCCCCAACCACCUGUGCACCAACUCCGCCCGCUCCGCGCCCCGGGGGGGAGGCAGGGGCAGGGCCACGCCGCAGAGGGGGCUGCCGCCGCCUCCUGCCUCCUCGUCGUCUCCUCCCCCUCCCCCGUCUGACGCUGCCUCCUCGGGAAGGGUGUUUGGAGGGCAGCGGCCGCCCCAAGCCGAAGCCCCGCAGCGCUUCUUAUGAUCAGCUCGGUGUGUGUCUCCUCCUACCGCGGGCGCAAGUCGGGGAACAAGCCUCCGUCCAAAACAUGUCUGAAGGAGGAGAUGGCCAAGGGCGAGGCGUCGGAGAAGAUCAUCAUCAACGUGGGCGGCACGCGACAUGAGACCUACCGCAGCACCCUGCGCACCCUGCCGGGCACCCGCCUCGCCUGGCUGGCUGAUCCGGAUGGCGGGGGCCGGCCGGAGUCCGAUGGCGGCGGCGCGGGCAGCAGCGGCAGCAGCGGCGGCGGGGGCUGCGAGUUCUUCUUCGACCGGCACCCGGGCGUCUUUGCGUACGUGCUCAACUACUACCGCACUGGCAAGCUGCACUGCCCCGCCGACGUGUGCGGGCCGCUGUUUGAGGAGGAGCUCACCUUCUGGGGCAUCGACGAGACCGACGUGGAGCCCUGCUGCUGGAUGACCUACCGGCAGCACCGCGACGCCGAAGAGGCGCUGGACAUCUUCGAGAGCCCGGACGGGGGCGGCAGUGGCGCGGGACAGGGCGAUGAGGUCGGCGAUGAGGAGCGGGAGCUGGCCCUGCAGCGCCUGGGGCCCCACGAGGGAGGCGCGGGCCCAGGAGCUGGGGCCGGGGGCUGCCGCGGCUGGCAGCCCCGCAUGUGGGCACUCUUCGAGGAUCCCUACUCCUCCAGGGCGGCCAGGGUGGUGGCCUUCGCCUCCCUCUUCUUCAUCCUGGUCUCCAUCACCACCUUCUGCCUGGAGACGCACGAGGCCUUCAACAUCAACCGCAACGUGUCGGAGAUCCUCCACGUGGGGAACACCACCAGCGUGCACUGGCGGCACGAGAUGGAGACCGAGCCCAUCCUGACCUACAUCGAGGGCGUGUGCGUGCUGUGGUUCACGCUGGAGUUCCUGGUGCGCAUCGUGUGCUGCCCGGACACGCUGGACUUCGUCAAGAACCUGCUGAACAUCAUCGACUUCGUGGCCAUCCUGCCCUUCUACCUGGAGGUCGGGCUGAGCGGCCUGUCGUCCAAGGCGGCCCGCGACGUGCUGGGCUUCCUGCGCGUGGUGCGCUUCGUGCGCAUCCUGCGCAUCUUCAAGCUCACGCGCCACUUCGUGGGGCUGCGCGUGCUGGGCCACACCCUGCGCGCCAGCACCAACGAGUUCCUGCUGCUCAUCAUCUUCCUGGCGCUGGGCGUGCUCAUCUUCGCCACCAUGAUCUACUACGCCGAGCGCAUCGGCGCCAGGCCCUCCGACCCGCGGGGCAACGACCACACCGACUUCAAGAACAUCCCCAUCGGCUUCUGGUGGGCCGUGGUCACCAUGACGACGCUGGGCUACGGGGACAUGUACCCCAAGACGUGGUCGGGGAUGCUGGUCGGGGCGCUGUGUGCGCUGGCCGGGGUGCUCACCAUCGCCAUGCCCGUGCCGGUCAUCGUCAACAACUUCGGUAUGUACUACUCCCUGGCCAUGGCCAAGCAGAAGCUGCCCAAGAAGCGGAAGAAGCAUGUGCCGCGGCCGCCCCAGCUCGAGUCGCCCGUGUACUGCAAGUCGGAGGAGACCUCGCCCCGGGACAGCACCUACAGCGACACCAGCCCCCCUGCCCAGGAAGAGGGCCUGGUCGAGAGGAAGCGGGCAGAUUCCAAGCAGAACGGCGAGGCCAACGCGGUGCUGUCCGACGAGGAGGCAGCCGGCCUCACCCAGCCGCUGGCCUCCGCCCCCAGCCCCGAGGAACGCCGGGCCCUGCGCCGCUCCGGCACGCGCGACAGGAACAAGAAGGCCGCCGCCUGCUUCCUGCUCAGCGCUGGGGACUACGCCUGUGCCGACGGGAGCGUCCGGAAAGCUCCUGGAGGGCGCUCCCAGCCAGCUGUGUCAUCGCAUCGGUUCUCUCGUUAAUGGACGCGCUCAGGAACAUCUUUGCCACGUGGUCACUCUGUAUUUGUAUGAGACGCAUGCUUUCAACCUCUUGGAAGUUCUGCUUGGACAGGUCUCUGUCUCCUGUCCAGGAUGAGAACGGACAUCGAAUUAUUGACACACCUGGAUGAAACAGAGGCUGGGUAAAUGUUGAAGGAAUGAAAGCGCCUGCUUGGUGGUGGGACCUUAUGUUUAAACUUCCAACCACAGUGUGUGGCGAGAUACUUUUCUGCCAUAUGCCCGGGGUCGGGGCAUGCACGACAGGAAAGAGGAGACCCUCUUUUCAGGACCCCGAACUAUCUGGGUGGUCCCCAUGAAGAUUCUCUGUUUUUGGGGGACCCUGAAGGGAUGUUAGCCAAAGCAAGUCCCUUCAGUCAGCUCAAAGGGGGGGUCCUCCUAGCUCCCCCCAGGAUGCUGCUGGAAGCAGGGCACCCAGAUAGGUCUCUCUGCCCCAGCUGUCCCCCUGGCCUGGGCUCUCGCCGCCCACUGCACUGUGAGGUCCCAACAGGCCACGCUGACUGCCCACGCCGGUCUGGGUACAGGAGCACCUUCGUGGUGGAGCUCAGAGGCAGGGCUGGGCUCAGGAGGGGGUCUGGACAGUCUCAGGAGCCUGCAUCCAGGCAGACAACUGCAAAACACUGUCUCCUCCCCUGACCCCCGCUCUCCGUCUCCACAGUGGGAGGGGCCACCGGCAGGUAGGGGCGGAGGUUGAUUGCGAAUUCCUGGAGGGCCUAAACGUGUCAUUUGUAUGCCUGGCACCAGCUGAGCGCUUCGCUGGGGCUCACAGGGGAAGCUCGGUGAAUGCUAAUCCACUCUCUGCGCAGCUCCAGCCGAAUCCAGUUUCCUCCAGGAGCCUGAGGCCCGGACUCUGUGGCCUCACCCCGACAGGGACUCGGCAACCCCGCCCUGGGGUCUGGGCGGGGCCCGCCGGCAGUCAGGCAGCAAAUGCAGAGUGGUGACCUUUCAGAAGUGUCACACCAAGCCUGCCCUGUCCACUGUCCUCACACACAAAAGAAAUGUUCACAGAGGCUUUGCUGCUGGAGAAGGAGAAUAAAAGCACAUAUUUUUUAUUGU